UGGGUUCUCUGGCGCUUGUAGACACCGGAAGUUUAGGUUCCAGGCGGUCCGGCGUAAUGGAGCAGGCUAAAAUGGCUUCGCCCAAGAGCGCUCCGAAGGAUGCUCAGGUGAUGGCCCAGAUUCUCAAAGACAUGGGAAUUACAGAGUAUGAACCAAGAGUAAUUAACCAGAUGCUUGAAUUUACAUACAGAUAUGUAACAACAAUAUUGGAGGAUGCAAAGAUUUAUUCUAGUCAUGCCAAAAAAUCUGAUGUUGAUGCAGAUGACGUAAGACUUGCAAUUCAGUGUAGAACUGACCAGUCAUUUACAUCUCCUCCUCCACGAGAUUUUUUAUUAGAUAUUGCACGGCAAAAGAACCAAACGCCUCUCCCAUUAAUAAAACCAUAUGCUGGACCAAGGUUGCCACCGGAUAGAUACUGCUUGACAGCCCCAAACUAUCGCCUUAAAACAAUACAGAAGAAGAUGUCUUCUUCAGCUGGAAGAAUAACCGUGCCAAGAUUAAGUAUGGGAGCUGUAACCAGUCGACCAAGCACUCCAACUCUAGGGACACCAUCUGCACAAACAGUUUCUGUUUCCAAAGUGGGCACGCCUGUAUCACUAACUAGUCAGAGGUUUACCGUACAGAUUCCAACCUCACAGACCUCAGUUAAAACAGCUACUCCAACAACGACCACAGUUCAGAAUGUCCUCAUUAACCCAUCUCUAAUUGGUUCAAAAAAUAUUCUCAUUACAACAAAUAUGGUAUCAUCACAGAGUACAAAUAAUGAAUCCAACUCGUUAAAGCGCAAACACGAGGAUGAAGAAGAUUACGAUGCAAUGUAACAAGUUAUUUCAUGUUUCUGGGGAGUUUUUGGAGGGGGGUGGAUACUGGACACUUUUGAAAGCACUGUUUCUAUAAUCAGGACUUCAGAUUUGCUGGAUACGAACUGGAGCAGCAUAUUAAAGGAAGUAUAAUUUAAAGAAUAUUGCAAAAGUGUUUGUGCUUUUUGUAAAAAAACAAUACAAUUAAAAUGUUAUUUUUUUUCUAUA